AAACCUCUCAGCUGGGCCUGCAGAGGGCUGCUCAGUGCUGCCUCAGAACUGGUCUGCUCUGUGCUGCCUCGGGACGGGCUUGGGUCAUUUUAAGCUGUCAGAGCCACCUUCGCAAGGGGAAUCCAUUGAGCUCACACAGGAGCCACCAUGAGAUCAGAACCCACCAAUGCAGCAGGAAACACCACACUGGGGGUUGCCUCUAUUCUUCAGACUACCUCCGUACCCUCCUCUGAGACCUGCCAUGUAUCCUACGAGGAGAGCAGAGUGGUCCUGGUGGUGGUGUACAGUGUAGUGUGCAUGCUGGGCCUACCGGCCAACUGCCUAACUGCCUGGCUGACACUGUUGCAAGUCCUGCAGAGAAAUGUGCUAGCCGUCUACCUGUUCUGUCUGUCCCUCUGUGAGCUACUCUACAUCAGCACCGUACCACUGUGGAUCAUCUACAUCCAGAACCAACACAGAUGGAGCCUGGGUCAGCAGGCCUGCAAGGUGACUGCCUACAUCUUCUUCUGCAAUAUCUACAUCAGCAUCCUCCUGCUCUGCUGCAUUUCCUGCGACCGCUACAUGGCCGUGGUCUAUGCGCUGGAGAGCCGAGGCCACCGCCACCAGAAGACUGCCGUCACCAUUUCUGCAUGUGUGAUUUUUCUCGUCGGACUCGUUCACUAUCCGGUGUUCAACAUGAAAGUGGAGAAGAACUUCUGCUUUGAGCCCCCGAGAAUGAACAGUAGGAUCGCCAGCUACCACUUCCUGCGUUUCACCUUUGGCUUUGCCGUCCCUCUCGGCGUCCUCGCGUUCACCAAUCGCCAGAUCUUCAGGAGCAUCAAGCUCAGCGAGAGCCUGAGUCCCGCACAGAAAAACAAGGUGAAGCGUUCCGCCAUUGCAGUUGUCACCAUCUUCCUGGUCUGCUUUGCACCCUACCACGUGGUGCUGCUCAUCAAAGCUGCCAGCUUUUCCUUCUACCAAGGAGACAGGGAUGCCGUGUGUGCCUUUGAAAGACGGCUGUACACGGCCUCUAUGGUGUUUCUGUGCCUGUCUACGGUCAACAGCGUGGCUGACCCCAUCAUCUAUGUGCUUGUCACAGACCAUUCUCGGCAAGAAGUGUCCAGAAUCCACAUGGGGUGGAAGAAGUGGUCCACAAAGACAGACCCUACUUACUUUACUCCAUACUUAAAGGACUCUGAGGAGACACACUCUCCCACGGACCUUGCAAACACAUACACCUUCCCCGAUCCUGCGAGCCUUCCAGGAUCACAGCCGGUGGAGUUGGGUUUACUGUGCUCGCCAGAGAGACCGCCUGAGGAACUCUGUUAAACCCACCCUUCCUCAAGAGAGGAUGCUAAGCCUCAAAACCAGCACCCAGUCACAUAUACCUGGUUCUUUGAGUCACCAUCUGGGGUGUCCACAGCACUGUAGAUGCCUUUUUGGAACACACGCUGCUGAUUUUUCCUUCUUAGGCCACUAACUCUGAAAGUGUCGGUUCCUUAGAUGUCCAAGACCUUCAGGUUCUCCUCUA